AUGGAAACUGAACUGCUGCUGGCUCCUAUCACAGCUCUGGAGAUUGUGGAUGAUCACCUUGUUGCAGGUAUGCGGUAGGGCCAGAAUAUCCUGGGGCAAUGGCAGCCCACAAGGUAGCCUUCCCGUGUUGCUGGAGUCCCAACUCCCUGUGGUCAGGGGUGGUGUGAGUUGCAACAUCUGGUGAGCAGAGUCCUUUCCGGUGGGCAAUGGGUAACAUUAUGUCAAGUGUGUCAGAUACCACACUAUGGCACUGAACACUUGGUGAAACGAAACAUGAUAAUGGAGGGCUUGUUUCAAAGCCAGGUUCUACCCAGCUGAAUAGCCAAGCAAAGCAGGAAUCACAGCAAGAUAGUGCAUUACAGUGGGACAGGCAGGCACCAAGUCAGGGGAGGAGCCCAGAGCUCCUGCAAGCUGGUUUAUUGGAUUUCAUAAGUCCUGUUGCUGGGGAAAUGAUGCUCCUAGAGAUGAUGGGAAGUGGGGGAUCUAUCAGAAACCUGUUCCCAUAUCAAGCAAGGCAAAAGUUGUGGGUAACGUGAUUCCACAGGGACAGUUUGACAAGAGGCCGUGCGAAAGCUGCAUCAGAAGCAAUACCAGAUUCGGCCUUGGUGUAUCUUUCAUAUUGGGACCAGGCGCUGCUGAAGGUGUACCUGGCCUGGUAUGGAGGUUGUGUGUGGAUCAUGUUUGUGAGGAUGGAUGCUACUGGGAAGAGUACAGUAUAUAUAUAAAGAUCAAAUGAGGUGAUUCUAGCCUCUUUUCCUCCAGGUGAAGGACCCUACCUUGCCAUCUACUCCCUGGAGCCUGAUGCCAGCCAGUCAUCAAGAUGCCAUAAGAAGGUCCUUCGAAACCAUAAUGUCCAUGGUAUCAAGGAGCAGCAGGAUGCGGCCCCAGGACCAACCACCCUAGCUGUCUUUGGAGGCAAAGGCCUCGUCGUUUUAGAGCUCAGCUUCCAGGGCGGCACGGCAAAACUAGCCGAACUCUUUCCUUUCCGCGAGCUGCACGACUGGAUCUGGGACCUGCAGUGGUUGGAGGCACCUGGCUGUGUGGCGUUGGCCCUGGGCCACAACUCACUGGCACUGUAUGACUGCGCUGGCCAGAGGACCCUUCGAGAAGUGCAUUGCCAGGAGAAGUGCAUCCUCUACUCAGCCCACCUGGUUGGGAGCAGCUGGGACACGCUGGUGCUGGUGGCUGGCACAGUCUUUAACCAGCUGGUGGUCUGGUGCGCAGCCGACCCGCCGGACGACACAGGCAGGGUGAAGCCCCGAAGCAGGAUCAACGGGCACAAGGGCGUCAUCUUCAGCAUCUGUUUCUCAGGGAGCAAAAGCAUCUUGGCCUCGGCCUCAGAUGACAGGAGCCUGCGGCUGUGGGGCGUCAGCGACCUCAGGUCGCCCCCUGACCCUGUCCCAUGCCUGCUGGUGUGCUACGGGCACCAGUCUCGGGUCUGGGCGGUGCGCCUGCUCAGCAGUUACAUCCUCAGCAUUGGAGAAGACGCCGCUUGCCUCGUGUGGAACUACCAGGGCGAGAUCGUUCACCGUUUCAAAGGGCACAAGGGGCGCGGCCUUCGGGCAGUCGCCGCCCACGAGAGGCGGGGCUGGGUGUUCACAGGCGGGGCCGAUUCUGGCAUCAGGCAGUGGCUCCUUAAAGGGCAGGGCGACGGCGGGAACAGCCUUGUGCGGCUGGACUUCCCCUCACCUCGCAGAAAAGGAUCUCCCAGAGCGGUGAAGCUGGUGGAUGUAAACCACCUCCUUGUGAUGACGGACGCUGGGGCCGUCUACGCCUAUGACUUGACCUCUAAAGCCUGGGCGUUGGUCCUUGAAGAUGCUGCGUAUCGGUCCUACAGCCUCCUGGAAGUCUCCGUGCUCAUCAGCGGCGUCGCGGUGUGUGCCAUGGGCAACCUGUUGGGACAGGUUAAAGUCUUCCCUCUCUGCAGCCCUGCAGAAAGCAAGGAGCUGAAGCUGUACGAGGGGAAAGUGCACAGCCUGAGUUGGGCCUCCUACACAGGGCAGGAUCCUGGCGCUUGCAGCCUCUUCGUUUCUGGAGCAGCCGGUUCCCUGCUGUGGCUGGAGGUCUCUCUUGGCCCACCCGAGGGAGUCUCUGUGAUGGUGAAGCGAUGCUUCCGCCUGCCGCUCUGCAAGCAGCGAUGGCACACGUGCGCCGCCUUCACGCCCCAGGGAGAGCUGCUGCUCUGCGGCGACCGCAGGGGCUCCCUCAUGCUGUUUGAGUGCAAGCCAGCUCAGGCCUUGAGCAGAGGAGCAGGAGUCGGCUCCUCGGACCCAGAGGAGGUCUCCGGUUUGCCUGGCCCGGCCUUUCCUCUCACAGGGGAAGAGCCGCUCGCUGAGGGCCCCCUCUCUCUGCUCUUUGGCCUACAUGGAAAGCUGGGCGUCACCUCCAUCACCUGCCACCAGGACUUCGUCUACAGCACCGGCCGGGACAGCUGCUACCGCCAGCUGCAGGUGCAAGGCCGCCAGCUGCGCGUGCUGAGGAAGCACAGGCCAUGCAAGGGCCUGGAGUGGCUGGAGGAGCUGCGCUUCGGCCCCGAUGGGAGCAUGUGGGUGCUGGGCUUCCACGCUGACUGCUUUGUUCUCUGGAGCGCCAGCAGCAACGAGAUGCUGCUGUCUGUCCCCUGCGGUGGCGGCCACCGCUCCUGGAGCUACGCCCACUGCCUCCAGGUGGGAACCUUUGCUUACGUCAAAUCCGGGGAUGUGGUGGUGCACCAAAGUCAAGACGCACAAGGCGGGCAGCGCAUCCUCAAGGAGUCCCUGCAUGGGCGGGAACUGACAUGCGUUUGCCACAUCGGGGUUUUGCAGGCACCUGGGCAGGAGCUGCUGAGCACCCUUGCCACCGGCAGCGAGGACGGCACGGUCAAUAUUCUGACCUACAGGGCGCAGUCUCGUACAGUGACCCAGCUUGCGGCUCUGGGAGACCACAUCUCAAGCGUGAGAGCUCUGGCUGUGGCCAAGGACACUCAGCCCAAGGCAGGAGGUAUCUCUGCCAUCCUCUUCUCAGCUGGAGGACGUGCCCAGAUUGAGUGUUACCGGAUUCUGCUCAGCCCCAGCCAUGGCUCUAGCGGCGGUGUGGUCCAUCAGCUGGUCCACGUGGCUUCUCACCGCCUGGAUGAGCAGUGGGACCGCAGGAAGAACAGGCACAAGCUCGUCAAAAUGGACCCAGAGACCAGGUAGUAGCUGUGGCCUUUCCCAGGAAUGUGUAUUCUUAGGCAAGGGUCCUGGGUUCUCAAAGAGCAGUCAACCCACACUGGGGAUGUUAUUGAUGCCCAUAUAGGGAAUGUGAAACCUGCACCCUCUCUUGCUAACCCCUUUACCAACAAACACCCCCCCACACACACACACAAGCACACACACAGGCUUUUCCUAUUGUCACACAAGUGGGCACAAUAUUCACAUCCAGCCUGGAAGACUUUAGAUAGAUAGAUAGAUAGAUAGAUAGAUAGAUAGAUAGAUAGAUAGACAGACAGACAGGCAGGCAGGCAGGCAGGCAGGCAGGCAGGCAGGCAGGCAGACAGACAGACAGACAGACAGACAGACAGACAUAGACUAGACUAGACCCUACCCAAUUAUUUUGGCUGCAAUUUGUUUUAAACUUAUUUUAACAUAUUUUAAAAUGGCUGUAACCCGCCCUCAGAUCUUGUUUAUUUUAUUUUAUUUAUCAAAUUUGUAUGCUGAUCUGUGGAUUGUAUCCACAGAUCUCAGAGUGGUUCACAGUAUUAUUAAAAAGCACAAAAUCAGAUGAUGACAGGCGGGUGAGAAAUCAAAUAAAUAAUAAUAAUCCAAAAUACGGAGACGGGUCUAACAAUAUUGUAGCAACAGGAGAUUAAAAACAAAACCAGUAGGAUAAAACAAUGUGAAUAACAGCAGCAAAAAUAUAUAUAAAGGUCUGUUUGCUUAAUUUUCCAGUCUCAGAAUUCCCCCCUUCCCUGUUCUGCUGUACUCGUGCUAAAGAAUACAUUAGUACAGAGAGAAUAGGGAGGACUUUGGGCGCUGAGUCCAUAGUAGGGAACACGUGCCACUUUCCAGCUUUUGUUUGUGUGUGUUUGUAACUUUUUCACUGCUCUGGGUAUGGAUAGCGUGUCCCAGAGAAGGUAACUGAUAACUUCUGUGUUCCAGGUAUAUGUCUAUUGAGGUCCUGGCUGGUGUGGAGUACCCAGAGCUUCCUGGUCCCUUGCUGUUCCUAGCUGCUGCUUGCAGUGAUGGCUCUGUCCGGUAAGGAAGAUGGCUGGGCUCUCCCUUUUAGGGGCCUGUAUAGCUGGGGUAAGGGACGCAGGUGGCGCUGUGGGUUAAACCACAGACCCUAGGAUUGCCCAUCAGAAGGUCGGCGGUUCGAAUCCCCACCACGGGGUGAGCUCCCGUUGCUCAGUCCCUGCUCCUGCCAUCCUAGCAGUUCGAAAGCACCUCAAAGUGCAAGUAGAUAAAUAGGUACCGCUCUGGCGGGAAGGUAAACGGUGUUUCCGUGCGCUGCUCUGGUUCGCCAGAAGCGGCUUAGUCAUGCUGGCCACAUGACCCGGAAGCUGUACGCCAGCUCCCAUGGCCAAUAAAGCGAGAUGAGCGCCACAACCCCAGAGUCGGUCACGACUGGACCUAAUGGUCAGGGGUCCCUUUACCUUUACCUUUUUACGUUUCCUGGAGCAGCACUUUCCCCAAACUAGAGAAGUGAACAUGAACAGAAAGAAAACUGUAGCGCUUGGUACAAAGGAUGUGGCCCUUUCCCCCUCUUUAAAGUUGGAGACUCUUUUCCUUGUACUGACUUCACUGCUCUCAUGUUUGCAUAGCCUCUUCCUGCUGCUUGAGCAUGACCAGAAGCUGCAGCUUGUGGCAGAAUCCUUUCACCAUCAGCACUGCGUCCUGAAGGUCCAGGCGUUUGCAUGUAAGACAGCAGGUGGAGGAAGGUGAGAUGGAGUGGCUCCACCCCACCCCCGGUGUGCUUGAGAUGCACCUCCCCUGAGUUUACUACUGCCGACCCAUCAGGCCCUAGAAAGCUAAUUUUACCCAUUCAUCUUUCUUUUAUAGAAGGCACUUGUUGAGCAGCGCUGCCACCGACGGGAGCAUUGCAUUCUGGGAUCUCGCCCCUACCCUUAAGCUUGCUGCAGAGGCCUUGAAGGCGGAAGGCACAGAAAUGAAGCUUCUGGGUAGGUGGUUGUGUUGACUGCCCUGUUCGUGCACCCUUAAAGUUGUUGUUGUUUAUUAUAUAACCUGGACAGCUCAGUGGGUAGAGCAGGCUUCCUCAACCUCGGCCCUCCAGAUGUUUUGAGACUACAAUUCCUAUCAUCUCUGACCACUGGUCCUGCUAGCUAGGGGUCUUGGGAGUUGUAGGCCAAAAACAUCUGGAGGGCCGAGGUUGAGGAAGCCUGGGGUAGAGCAUGAGACUCAAUCUCAGGGCUGUGGGUUUGAGCCCCAUGUUGGGCCGAAGAUUUCUGCAUUGCAGGGGGUAGGACUAGAAGAAGAAGAAGAGUUUGGAUUUGAUAUCCCGCUUUAUCACUACCCUAAGGAGUCUCCAAGCGGCUAACAUUCUCCUUUCCCUUCCUCCCCCACAACAAACACUCUGUGAGGUGAGUGGGGCUGAGAGACUUCAGAGAAGUGUGACUGGCCCAAGGUCACCCAGCAGCUGCAUGUGGAGGAGCGGGGAAGCGAACCCGGUUCACCAGAUUAUGAGUCUACUGCUCUUGACUACUACACCACACUGGCUCUCUAGAUGAUCCUUGUGGUCCCUUCCAACUCUGUGAUACCAUGAUUCUAUUUCUUAUACUCAGCCCAUGUGAUUGGGUUGCCCAGCCACUAUGGGGAUGCAGCUCCCAAUGAAAGAAUGAAUAAAGCAAAAAUAAAUACAAUUCAAAUCUUAAAGCCUUCCCAAACCAGGGCUGCCUUCAGAUGUCUAAAUUUAUAUAUUUGCUUAACUCUUUGACAUCUGCUGGAAGAGCAUUCCACUUUACGCAAGGAGGGAACCUUCAAAAGGUCCUUGGCGCUGGACCUCAGUAUCCUGGCUGAAUGAUGGGGGUGGAGACACUCUUUCAGGUAUACUGGGCUGAGGCCGUUUACGGCUUUAAAGGUCAACACCAGCACUUUGAAUUGUGCUCGGAAAUGUGUACUGGGAUCCAAUUUAGAUCUUUUAGGACCGGUGUUAUAUGGUCCCAGCACCCGCAUUCUGGAUUAGUUGUCGUUUCUGGGUCACCUUCAAAGGUAGCCCCACGUAGAGGAUAUUACAGUAAUUCAAGCGGGAAAUAACCAGAGCAUGCACCACUCUGGUGAGACAGUCUGCAGGCAGAUAGGGUCUCAUCCGACGUACCAGAUGGAGCAGCUAGACAGCCGCCCAAGACACAGUGUUGACCUGCACCUCCAUGGACAGUUGUGAGUCCAAAAUGACCCCCAGGCCACGCACCUGGUCCUUCAGGGGCACAGUUGCCCCAUUCAGAACCAGGGAGUCCCCCGUACCUGCUCACCCUGUUUGUGACCCUCCUUUUUCUUUUCUUUUUUAAAAUAUAUAAAUUUUAUUAGUAUUUUCCACACAACAACAACACGAAAGAUACAGAAAAAUAACAAUACACAAAAACCAACAUUAAAACACACCAAAAAAACAAAUCCAUAUCUUACAAGUUAAUAAUAUAAACACUAAAAAGAAAAACAAACAUUGACUUCCACCAAUCCCACAGCACCUCCUUUAGCUCUCAUUGUGUCUUCCUGUUUUCCUUAUCAUCUCUAUCCUAUCAUCUCAAUAUAAAUCCCUCUUUCUUAUCCUUUCACUUCACAAGGUUAUUCCAGACUCAGCCAGAUUUCUGUCCUCAAACCUUGACUUUUAAGGUAUUCAUUUAGGCACUCACGUUCUUUUUUUACUUCACUUUUUGGUUUUUGUCUUAUGUCUGUCAAUUUGGCUAAUUCUAAGUAUUCUGAAAGCUUACAUAACCACUCUCUCCUAGUGGGUAACUGAUUCCCUUUCCAAUACUUAGAUUCUUGCUGCAGAUGUCGCGUAUAAGAAAAAGACCCUCCUUCUUUUUCAAGUGUAUAUCACCCUUUGCGCUUCCUCCCAGCCUUGUACACUUCCUUUGCCUGUGUGUGUUUUCCAGACCUGGGUACCCCAAUCCUGACCCUCCAGGCUCACAGCUGUGGAGUGAACAGCCUCCACAUCCAGCAAGCAGCUGCCGGGCAUUUCCUAGUGGCCAGUGGCAGCGAUGACGGCUCCAUCUCUCUCAGCGCUGUUGAAGUGGAUGCUGGAAGCGACGCCGACCAGGAACCCGUCGCUGGGACCGGCAUCCGCCUUCUCAGAAACUCCUCGAGGCUCUGCGCCCAUGCAGCUCACGUGACGGGGAUGAGGCUCCUGCAGCCGGACUUCCUCCUCUCAGUUUCGGUGGACCAGCGGCUGACGCUCUGGCACCUUCGCGAGGACAGCCUGUCUUUCGUCAGCAGCAAAUUCUGCCACGUGGCCGAUGUGGCUGGCCUGGAGUGUUGGGAGGCUGGGGCCCGUAACUGCCACAGCGUGAUCUGUGGGCAGGGGCUGGAGAUCCUCCGCUGCAGCCUAGAUGUGCUAGGUGCAGAAACAGAAAAUGGUGUAUGA